GCUAUUGUAAUUCUUUCACAAGGCUUAUAUUUAUCAUUUUUGAAUUCGUCUUGCUUCGAUAAAGUGAUAUAAAGUGUUUGUAAUCAAUCAUAUCAUAUUGCGAAAGAUACAUAAGCUUUUUAAUUCACGAUAUGUGAUUGUAAUAGAUUGUGACCAAAUGUGGAAAAAACUGAGAUGUUAAUGUGGUAUGGUGUUAUGAAAACCACACGCUUAAUAUGUUUCGUUGUUGAAAAUGUUAUAAAAUCUAGAAAACAAUACGUAUGUUUCAUUUACAAGCAUCGUUAUCAAGCUCUUUUCUCGUAUAUGAACACAGGUAAAAAGUCAAGGUUAAGGUCAUUCGUAUAAGGAAGGGUAUAGCUUUAAAUUCAAAAAAACACAUCUGUUUAUUGACUGUAGACCGACGGGUAAUGGUAUUGUGCAUAUUAUCCGAUAUUAUUAUAUUAUCCGUUGUACGUUAAUUAUUGUGAAAGGGAUUUCUUCAAUAAUUGGCACCUAUUAUAGUUCGAUAUAACUUACAGUCGGAUCAUGAAACUGAUGAAAGCAAUUAGAAUAAGCUCGUCUGUUUAGGAUGAAAACACAAUAUUCGACGUUUUGCGUAUAGAAAAGGGAAUGAAAAUGGCUGGUUUUACAUCGAAAGCUGCUUUACGUUCAAAAUGGAGUGAUUUAGUGGAAAGUGGUCCUACCAAUAUUGAAGCAACAGUCGAUGUUUCUCAGGGAUUGAAACAUGUUGUCGGAUGGCUAAAACAGGCAUCCUUAGAGGUAAGAGAAGGAGGAAAACGAACCAUCACUCAAAUACAGAAUAAUACACCGAAUUUGCUAAAGUUUCACACAACCGCGUCUAUUGAUCAAAGGUUCGAUCGAGAUAAUAGUAACAAGAUGUCGAGUGCGGUGGAUAAAUUAACUAUUAUACAUUACAAUGACGUAUAUAACAUUGAUGCGAACAGUAAGUCUGAACCAAUUGGUGGAGCAGCACGGUUUUGCACGGCGGUCAAAUCGUUCAAUCAACUAAACCCUCUGGUCCUAUUUAGCGGUGAUGCAUUUUCACCAAGUAUGCUAAGUACCUUUACAAAAGGAGAACAAAUGGUUCCUGUAUUAAAUGCUAUCGGAACACACUGUGCUGUAUUUGGAAACCACGACUUUGAUCAUGGAUUAGAUGUUUUAGACGAAUGGGUUGAAAAAACGAAUUUUCCCUGGUUAAUGUCUAAUGUAGUUGACAAUGAAACCGGACGGCCGUUAGGUGGUGGCAAAAUUACUCAUAUUAUGAAUCAUAAUGAGUUGAAAGUAGGCCUAAUUGGUUUAGUAGAAAAGGAGUGGCUUGAUACGCUUCCGACAAUAGAUCCGAAUGAAGUAACGUAUAUUGAUUUUAUUAAAGCUGGAAACCAACUAGCAAAUGAGCUACACAAUCAGGGUUGUGAUGUUAUUAUAGCAUUAACACACAUGCGAACACCAAAUGAUAUCGAGUUGGCCAAACACGGCGGACACAUCGAUCUAGUAUUAGGUGGCCAUGACCAUGUAUAUGAAAUAUUGAAUAUUGGAGAAACGUACGUAAUCAAAUCAGGUACAGAUUUUAGGCAAUUUUCGAAGAUCGGCAUAAACCCAGAACGUAAUCAAAAUGGUAAAAUAACAAUUAAUGUUGAGAAAGUUGAUGUAAAUUCUUCGAAAUACUCAGAAGACACUACAUUGAGAGAUGAAUUGAAAAAAUACUCAGAAGCAAUUGAAUCAAAAAUGGAUGAAAUGCUAGGAAUGUUUGCUGUAGAGUUGGAAGGAAGAUUUUCUGCUAUUCGUACGUCUGAAACCAAUCUAGGAAAUUGGAUUUGUGAUGUAGCUCUGGCCGCCACCGGAGCAGAUUGUGUUAUUAUUAACUCUGGCACAUUCCGUUCGGAUCAAAUACAUCCUGCUGGGCCAUUUACGAUGCGCGACUUGAUUAACAUAAUACCAAUGCAAGAUCCAUUGAUUGUAUUGGAGGUGUCAGGUAAAAUACUGCACGAAGCACUUGAAAAUUCAGUAUCAACGUAUCCAAAGCUGGAAGGAAGGUUUCCCCAGAUAGCGGGCAUGUCAUUCGUUUUCGACCCUACAAAAAGUCCAGGUGAAAGGGUAGAGCCGAAACUGGUUCGUCUAGGUGAUGAAUGGUUAAAUUUGGAACAGAAAUAUACACUGUGUAUUAAAAGCUACAUAUACGGAGGGUGUGAUGGAUAUACCAUGUUCAAAGGAUGCCGUGUUCUGUUAGACGACGAUGCUGCACCAGAGCUGGGACUAGCUAUACAGAAUCAUUUCAAGGCAAUCGAUGUUCGUUUAGGUAAAACGCAUCACACUAAACAUCGCCAAUCGCUAGUUACGCUGUCACGACGCCACAGCAUGGUACAGAUGCUUGAAAACCUUGAGUUAGAUGGUCCAACUCCGAUCAGACGUAAGUCUUCCCUGACGAUACCAAAAAUGGAACACAUCACUAACAAUCGGAGCAAGCAGCUUUUACGACGUGCGUCGCUGGAUGAUUUGGAACAAAACAGCUGCCAGCUUGCACCAACAAUUCAGCAUAGAAUUAUUGUCGUUCAGAAUGAAGAUCACAUUCGGGAGAUGAUUUUAAGGCGAGAAACUAUUGAAAAAAAUUGUGUUAUCAAGGAGACCGACGAGCUUUCCCCAUAAUUGUUCAGUGUUAAUCGUAUUUGUCGGGAUAAUUUAAUAUACCAUAGUCGUAAAAUGAAUAAAUUAUCGUGAUAGCGCGUACCAUGUUGAUGAUUUGUAAAUA